GUUAUAGGAUGGCUGAAGACAGUGAAGGUCUUCAACCUGACGCGUUAAAUGCCAUCAGAGAUGAUGUGCUAGGCAAAUGGGGUGACUUGCAGGAUGCAGUAUCUGGCAAGAAGAAGGAUCUUCUGGGACAGCUGCAUUUCCACAAGCUUGUAAAGGAUAUCAACGAGAUAGUGAUAUGGAUAACUGAGAUGCUUCAGAUAGCAAACGAUGAGUGCUAUAAAGAUACCAGCAAUUUGAAGGGGAAGAAGAAACAGCAUAACACUCUUAUUGACCAAAUAGACAUGAAGAAGGAUAUCGUAAAGAAGCUUUUGAACGAAGAUACUGAAGAAGGGGGUACAGUAAACACGUGUUGUAACACUGGAGAUGAGUAUGUGAGCGACCAGAACAAGAACUUUGAGGUUAUCGAGGGAAAGGUAGACGAGCUCAAGAAACUGUGGGACGAGCUGAAUAGUGCCAUGGAGAAAAGGGGCCGUCUUAUUGAGGAAGCUCUGAAGUAUGUGACAUUCAUGAGGGACGUGAAGGAGAUCGGAAGAUGGGUGGAUGAGAACGAGAAGUAUUGUGAAGCUACCGAACUGGGGGAUGAUCUGGAGCAAAACGAGGCGCUGUGUGAAGAGUUUGAGACUUUCAUGGUGUCUCUCACCGAUACUGGGAGAAGAUUACAGUUUAUUAAUGAGUAUAGUGUGCAGCUGGUUGAAUCCAACCACUCUGAUAUACAGGAUAUAAAACUACAAACUGAUACUAUCAAUGAGAGGUUUGAGAGACUCCGUACGAUGUGUACAGAAAGAGAAAUCAGCCUACAAGUAGCUCAAAAGAUGCACAAAUACAACUUUAAUGUCAACGAGUCUAUCAGAUGGAUCCAAGCAAAAGAAGUGCUGCUAACAAGCGAGGAGUACGGAGAAGACAUGACGACAGUAAACACCCUGCUCAACACUCAUCUGGAUAUAGUCCGGGAACUGGAGACCUUGUCGGAGAAGGUGGACAAGUUGGAGCAAGACGCAGAGACUCUUAGUCAGACUCAUCCUGAGAGGGCGGAUGAGGUAAACUGCAAGUACGGCGAACUUAAAGAGUUAUGGGAGAAGAUAAAAGAAAGCAGUGGGCUCCGGACACAAAAGCUGGAAGAAAGUUUCAAAUACCAUAAAUUCCUAGUCCACUACCGGGAUCUGGGGAUGGAGAUGGACAGACUGAACACACUGUUCGAUCAGAAGAAGGAGCCGCGAGAUGUGGCCGAGUCUGUGGUUUUUCUUGAUGAACAUGACCAAUACAUGGUCCAGAUGCAGUGUUGGCACGAGAGUUUCUCUAAUCUACAAGAAAAUGGAGCUGAUAUUGCUGGAGUUCAUAUCGAAGAGAGUCAAGUUAAAGAAAAGGUUGAGGAGUUGGAAGGACUAUGGGUUGUGGUUAACAAGACCUGGACUAACCUUCACAGCCAACUAAUCGCUCAUAAGCAGUACCAGAGCUGGUCUAGGGACUACGAGGUGGUGACAGCAUGGCUGAGUUCCAAGGAGAACAUAGUGAGUGAAAGUUACAUCGGGCACUCUCUAGACGAGGUAGAGAGUCAGCUGAAGAAGUUGGAGGACUUUAAUCAGUCCCUAAAGGCCCAGGAAACUAAGAUAGGAGCCCUGGAGAGUAACGGUAAGGAGAUGAUAGAAGCAGAGCACUUUGCUAGUCAGGAGAUUGCAGAUAGGAUCAGUGACACUUCAGCACGUGUUCAGAGAAUGCAGGAGAAAAAGAAGGAGCGACAGAACACACUGAAGGACGCAGUACAAUUUAACCACUUCCUGCUGGAGUCUGAUGAGCUGAGUGGGUGGGUGGAGGAGAAGCAGAACAUCUGCCUGGAGCAGGACUACCUGGACUUUACUAACCUGCAGGGGAAGCUGCAGAAACACGAGGUAUUUGAAAACGAGCUGCACGCUAACCACGACAGAGUGGAGUACCUGGACGGUAUUGGGUCUAAGAUGAUAGAGAACCAACACUAUGCUUCUAAUGAUAUAAAGUCUAUCCAAGACAAGAUCUCCGACUCGUGGAGUUCAUUACUGGAAACUUGCCAGCAGAAGAAACAGAAGUUAGAGGAGGCUUAUAACGAAAUGUUGUACAACAGAGGGGUGACUGACUUGGAGAACUGGCUAGCUGAGAUAGAGGUGGAGUUGAGUAACGAGGAUUAUGGAACUGACCUGGCUACAGUAAAGAGUCUCAGCAAGUCGCACAGCAUACUGGAGAACGUUAUGGGUACUCAGCGUGUCAAGCUUAAUGCUUUAGGCUUCCAAGCAGCAAGUCACAUUGAAGAGUCUCACUUUGACGCUGACAAGAUAAAAGAAAGACAGACCGUACUGGAGGACAAGUUUCAGGCCCUGGAGGAACCGAUGAGGCUGAGGAAGGAGAAGUUGUCCGAUGCUCUGUUACUUCAGCAGUUCUUUAGGGAUAUUGAUGACGAGAUGACAUGGGUGAAGGAGAAGGAACCAGGAGUGAAGACAACUGCAACAGGGUCAGAUCUGUACAGUGCUCGGAACCUUGUACACACUCACAAACAGCUUAUGUCUGAGGUAAACAUUCACGGGGGUAAGAUACAAGACGUGAACGAGCGGGGGGAGAGGAUGAUAGAAAACAAGCACUUUGCUCUGCUGGACAUCCAGGACAAGAUAGAGCUGCUGAGAAAGAAGUGGCAGAACCUGCAUGCUCUUGCAGCUGCGAGAAAAGCAGAUCUGGAGGAUGCUAUACAGAUCCACCAGUUCUUUACUAAUGCUGCUGAUAUAGAGUCGUGGUGCAAAGAGAUGUCCCCAAUCUUCAACAAUGAGGACUACGGUAAAGACGAGGAUACGAGUAAGGGAAUGUUGAGGAGAACCCAGGCUCUCACUAUCGAACUUCAGGGGCGAGCCACAAAGGUAAAAGACUUGAUAGAUGAAGGUAACCGAUGUAAGCAGAGGAACAUCAUUCUUGGAAACGGAAAGAAGAAACCAAAAGUUCAGGCUCUGUACGAUUACGCUGAGAAAAGCAACCGUGAGAUAAGUGUUAAGAAAGGCACAGUGAUGAUACUGCUACAAUCUAAAGACAAGGAUUGGUGGAAGGUAGAUCACAACGGUAGGAUUGGAUUUGUUCCGGCUGUCUACCUGAAAACCCUCCCUCCGGAUGACGAGAUCCCUGCAUCAGUAGCGGUCCCUGAGAAGUUGGGGGAGAUUAAGAGGAAGUACGAUGAGGUGUGUACUGCGGCGGAGGACAGGAAGAAGAAACUGGUGGAAACAGUGGAGUAUCACGUGCUCAUGGGAGAGGUUGGAGAAGUAGAAGGGUGGGUUACAGAACAAGAGAGAGACGUUACCCAGACCAGCAUAGCAGAGGAGCUACCUUUCCUUCUACACCAGCUCAACAAACAUAAUGACUUUGAGCGGGAACUUACCGGGACUGAGCCUUUGUUAGCGGCGGUUAAUGAGAAAGCAGCUACUUUGAUAGAGAAUGGUCAUAGCAAAGAGGCGGAUAUACAAAGCAGUGUAGAUAACCUAGAUAGACGAUACGAUAACCUGGUCAGACUGGCCGCCAGAAAGAAGAACCAACUGGAAGACAAGAAGAAUUUGCUGACUUUCUUCAAGAAUAUCGACGAGUGUAUUGAUUGGAUAGAGGAGAAGAAGAAGCCUCUUCUAGCUGCCGAGACGAACGGAGACCUGGAGCUAGUGAAGACAAUGCAGCGGAACCACAUGGGUGUGGUGCGGGAAUUACAGGCUAUCCACGGGAAUGUGGACUCUCUGCACGAACUGGGAGACUCGCUAAUUACAGAUCAACCUGGAAAUGAGAAUGGAGUCCGGGAGAAGUUGAAGGAUCUUGAUGAGCAGUGGAGCGAGGUGGAGGAAGCGAACGAAGUGCACUCAGACUGGCUGAAGAAAUGUGUAGAGUUAGCUGAAUUUAAGAAGACGUUCGCUGAUCUGGAAGAUAGUCUGGAUGUGGUAAAGGGAGAAAUAGAGGCCUCGUGUGAUGAUCAGGGGGAAGAUGUUGGCAGUGUUGAGGCUCUAAUUGCUUCUCACAGGGAGUACUAUGAGGGUAUAGAGGAGGAAAAAGAAGACAUAGGGAGGUUCAAAGAACAAGGCAGACAUCUGGUCAAAGUGGAGAUCUGCGAACAAGAGGACGUGGACGAGGAUGUAGGUUUCCUAGAGGAGAAGUUAGAGCAUGUAGAGAUGAUAUGGAAGAAGAGAGAAGACGAUCUGCAGAACGCGCUCGAGAUAAAAGCGUGCGAUCUUGACGAGAAUUUCAUUGAGGUGCGGAUGGAGAAUAUGGCCGCCAACAUGGACGAGAUGACUGUUGCGGACUGUAAGAAGUUAGAUCAGCUGCUAGGGGUGGAGGAGGAGAGGAUCUCCAGAGUUCAGGCAGUGAAAGAGCGGAUAUCCUCUUCUCAAGCAGAUCUACUACAAACUGAUGGAAUGAGCAGCAAGUUCGCCGGUCUGAAGAAACUACAGGAGGAGAAGAAGAAGGAUCUACAAGAUAAGAUAUCAGUUGACAACUUCCUGAGUGAUUCAGAUGAGGUUAUACUGUGGAUAAACGAAAGGUUGGAACAGUGUAAUGUUAAACCAACCGAGCUGGGAAACUUACAGGAACCCUCUCAGGCUGAGAUUCAGGACCACCAGACGUUUGAGACAGAGAUAGGAGCAUCUCAGGAGAGAGUGCAGGCUGUGGUGGGGGAGGGGAACAGACUGUUGCAGGAGGAGAGGUGUGGAACUAGAGACGAACUGGUGAUGGUUAAAGUGAACGAGAUUGGUGACAAGUGGGACGAGCUUGCAAUGCAAACUGAGAGGAAGUUAUGUGUGCUGAAAGACGUGCGGACUCUACAUCAGUUCAACUGUAUCUGUCAAGACAUGGCUAUGUGGCUGAGCAUGAUUGAGACUCAACUCAACAUUGAGAUCAACCUUAAAGACAUGGCAAACUUGCAGAACUUGAUCAAGAAAAACCAGAUGUUAGGACAUGAUAUACAGUCACAUGAGCGACAUGCUCUUGAUAUAAACGUGAUGGCAGAGGAGAUGUUGUCUAAUGAACAUUAUGAUAGUGAACAUAUUGGUCACAAACAGAACCAAAUCAACUCACGUUACGAAGAUGUCAAAGUUUUACAAGAUCGGAGACAUGAACAUCUACAAUAUUGCCAACAGAUAAACACAGUUAUAAGAGAGAUAAAUGAGAGAGAGGUUUGGGUGGAUGACAGAUUGCGGUUCCUGCACUUGGCCACAGCACCUCGUGAUCUUGUCGCUACUGAUACUCUCAAGAAGAAACUAGCUAGAUUGGAGGCUGAGAUAAUAAUGUACGAAGAUUCCAUUCAACAAACUAGUAUAAUGUGCGAGAAGUGUAGGCACGGUAAUGAUGAUAUUACCUUGGUUAAAGAGAUGGCCACGCUUAUGGAUAGUCUUCUUGCAAAGUGGGAGGGGCUAAAGCGGGACUGUGAAGAGAAACACGACAAAGUUGACCAAACCAGAGCUUUCUUCUCCUGGCUCCUAGACGUUGGCGAGGAGAAGGCCUGGGUCAAUGAGAAGAUUAAAUCUCUGAACCUGGACGGUACCAGGGACAAUCUGCCUGCUGUUAACAGACUCCUCAAGAAGUAUGAUCUGUUAGAGCGAGAGUUAGAGACACACAACCAACACAUUGACACUGUCAUAAUGGCAGCUGGCAAUGCUAUCAAUGAGUCCAGAACUACACACUCUAUCGAGGUAGACGAACACAUGCAGGAACUGAAAGAUAGUGUCGGAGUGUUAUACAACAUUUGUGCUGCUCACAAGGCCUGCCUUACUGACGAGGCUGCCCAUCUUAACUUUAACUGGAAGGCUGAGGCGAUAGAAGUGUUUAUAACACAGAAAGAACGACAUGUUCUAACCGAGGAUGUAGGGUCUGACUUGACCUCGUGUGAAGUGCUCAUAUCACGACACAACAACUACACAACUUCUCUCAACUCCUUCAAAGACAAUAUAGACUCCCUCACCUCCCUCAAGGACCGGCUAAUUGCAUCACAACAUGCUCAAACUAAAGCACUGAAACAGCGUCAUGCUGACGUGUUGAAGCGGUGGAAUGCCCUCUUUGCAGAGAGUGAGGCUCGGAGAAAGCGACUGAACACUGCUCUGGCUCACUUCAAGGAGAUUGAAGGGAUAUUCCAGACGUUUGCUGAGAAAGCAAGCCAGUUCAAUGGUUGGUAUGAGAACGCAGAGGAGGAUCUAACAGACCUGAUUUACACAAGCAACAUGGACGAGUGUAAGAAGUUAAGAGUGGAACACACUGCCUUCGUUGAAGCACUAUCUCACGAGAAGCGGGAGGAGUUUAGAAACCUCACUGAGAUCGACCGUACUAUUAGAUCUCACCACGUGACAGUUAACCCGUACACUUGGUUCACCAUGGACUCGUUGGAGGACAGUUGGCAGUCUCUCCUUCGAGCUGUUAAAGAACGGGACCUCAUGAUCGAGAAGGAGACACUUCGUCAGGAGCAAAGGGAGGAGUUGAGGAAGGCAUACGCUGCUCAAGCAAACAAGUUCGCAGAGUGGCUGGAGACCACAAAACUGAAGUUAACGAACAACCGGUACAGACUAGAGGACCAGCGAGACCUGAUCGAGAGUAAACACGAGGAAAUCAAAAAGAAGAGAGCAGUUCUCCGUGAAAUCGAGGACUUGUCAGCGCAUCUGGAGAAAGGGAUGAUAUUCGACAACAAGUACACCACCCACAGAACGGUCACCCUAGCACAACAGUGGGACCAGCUGAAUGAGUUCACCCGGAGAAUGCACCACACGGUUACGGGUCAGAUAGAGGCGCAGAACAGGACUGGGGUGGACGAGGACGAGCUCAAGGAGUUCACUCUCAUGUUCAAACACUUCGACAAAGACAGAUCAGGCCGACUGGACCACAAUGAAUUUAAAGCUUGUCUUCGAGCUCUAGGAUUCGAUCUGCCGGUUCCGCAAGAGGAUCAGCCGGAUACAGUGUUUGAGGCUAUACUGGACUGUGUUGACUUCGACAGAGACGGUUUUGUGCGCCUGGAAGAAUACAUGCAGUUCAUGAUUUCGAGAACAACGGAGAAUGUGGCAAGUACGGACGAGUUAACAGAAGCGUUCAAGUCUCUGACGGAGGAAGGUAACAAGCCGUACAUCACUGCUUCCGAGCUCUACGCCGCAAUGCCUCCUGAUCAGGCUAAGUACUGUAUAGAUCGGAUGGAGAAGUAUCCAGAUGUUCCUGGAGCUCUGGAUUACACCAACUUUACUAAGAUCAUCUUCCAGUCUAACUUGAACAGUUCCAUUGCAUCUGUGGACUAGGCAAAUCAUGUUCAAGUUUAUGUAAACAUAUUUAAGAGUAUUUAUCAUUAAUUCAUGUUGAUUAUUUAUGUAG